ACCCUCGAGGCUCCUCAUCUCCUUCUUCUCUUCUUCUUCACUCGUCUCUCUCUCUCUCUCUCUCUCGGUUGCUAGCUGCAGCAUGAGCAAUCUUCCGACGGCAAUGGGGGGCGAGCGGGACAUCGAGCUGGGGCUUCCCAAUACCAACACCACAGCAGCCUACACGCUUCACCACUUGCUUCAAGAUACUCGCCAGUUUGCGACGAUGCUGGACAGCACGGCGAAGAUGCUUCACAAGCUCAAGGAAGCCAACAAAGAGUUGAAAUCGGCUGCUGAAUCUGCUGCAGUGAAACAAAUCAAGGGGCGGAUGGAGAAGGACAUGGAUGAGGUGGGGAAUAUGGCCCGGAUCAUGAAAGAGAAGUUAAACAGAAUCUUCCAAGGCGUACUGAUUCCAGUUCUGAACAAUAUGUCAACUGGACAUGCAUAUCCAGGGCUCAUUUCUCUUAUGAUCAUGGAUCCAGCAACACUGUCCAAGUUCACAGCAGUGAAGAUAAAGCUUAAAGAAAGAAAGAAGGAUCUUGAGAAUCUGGGAAAAUCGAUCCAGGAAGAGUACCUAAAAGUCGUUCAGAGCAGGAUUUUCACAGUCACCGGAGUAAGGCUCUCUGACGAGGUGCUUCGCGUAAUCGACACCAACAGUAUCGUGCAGAUGUUUGAAAACAGAGUUCAUGGAAUAGGUCCAGAGCAGGUCGGCGCCGUAGGGGAGGAGAUCAAGGAGCGGCGUGAUGCGGCCAUGGAUCUCGGCAAGAAGACUGUUGAGUUGCAAAAGAAUUUCAGGGAGAUGCUGGGGCUUGUCAAAGCGCAAGAGAAAAUGGUCAAGGCAAUGCAUCAGGUUCAGAAUGCUGUGAUCCGUGCACGAUCUACCGCCAAGGAGCAGCGCCUGCGCGCCGAGAUGGCCCGUGCACAAUCCAGUGCCGAGGAGCUGCGCGACGAGGUGGCGAAGAAUAAGCUGCUCACGGAACUGGUUGUGAUCGGCCUCUUGUUGCUUUUAUGCAUCAUCGUGAUUAAUCUAGCAUAGCAAUCUCCGGCUGACCACUUACGGCGUAGUACCUCUUCCUACUUGCAUGGCAGAUAGCUUAGAUUCUACGUACUCCGUAGAAUUUUAUAUCGAGGGACUGCUGUAAUAAUGUUAAGUUGUCAAACUAUCAUUUAGUAUGCCUUA